AUGUCUUUCUUGGCCCCUAGAUUUUUGACCACCAAGGUUUUCAGACCUAUGUCUAUUGGUGCAAGAACCUUUUCUUCGUCAAUCCGUGUCUCUGCUGCUGCUUUUGACCGUUCUAAACCACAUUUGAACAUUGGUACCAUCGGCCACGUCGAUCAUGGUAAGACUACUUUGACUGCUGCCAUCACCAAGACUUUGGCUGAACGUGGUGGUGCUGAUUUCUUGGACUACUCUUCCAUUGACAAGGCUCCAGAAGAAAGAGCGAGAGGUAUCACUAUUUCUACUGCACAUGUUGAAUAUGAAACUGACAAGAGACAUUACUCUCACGUCGACUGUCCAGGUCAUGCUGAUUACAUCAAGAAUAUGAUUACUGGUGCUGCCCAAAUGGAUGGUGCUAUCAUUGUUGUUGCUGCUACAGAUGGUCAAAUGCCUCAAACCAGAGAACAUUUGUUGUUGGCUAGACAAGUUGGUGUUCAACACAUCGUUGUUUUCGUUAACAAGGUUGACACUAUCGAUGACCCUGAAAUGUUAGAAUUGGUUGAAAUGGAAAUGAGAGAAUUAUUGACCCAAUACGGUUUCGAUGGUGACAACACUCCAGUCAUCAUGGGUUCUGCUUUGUGUGCUUUAGAAGGUAAGCAACCAGAAAUUGGUGAACAAGCAAUCAUGAAGUUAUUGGACGCUGUUGACGAAUACAUCCCAACUCCAGCUCGUGAUUUGGAAAAGCCUUUCUUGAUGCCUGUUGAAGAUAUCUUCUCCAUCUCCGGUAGAGGUACCGUCGUAACUGGUAGAGUUGAACGUGGUAACUUGAAGAAGGGUGAAGAAAUCGAAAUCGUUGGUCACAACACCACUCCAUUCAAGACCACUGUUACUGGUAUUGAAAUGUUCAGAAAGGAAUUGGACCAAGCUAUGGCUGGUGAUAACGCUGGUGUCUUGUUGAGAGGUGUCAGAAGAGACCAAUUAAAGAGAGGUAUGGUCUUGGCCAAGCCAGGUACUGUCAAGGCUCACACCAAAUUCUUGGCCUCUUUGUAUAUCUUGACCAAGGAAGAAGGUGGUAGACAUUCCGGUUUCGGUGAAAAUUACAGACCUCAAAUCUACGUUAGAACUGCUGAUGUCACCGUUGUUUUGAAGUUCCCAGAAGCUGUUGAAGAUCACUCUAUGCAAGUCAUGCCAGGUGACAACGUCGAAAUGGAAUGUGAAUUGGUUCACCCAACUCCUUUGGAAGCUGGUCAACGUUUCAACAUCAGAGAAGGUGGUAAGACUGUCGGUACUGGUCUAGUCACUAGAAUCUUGGAGUAA